AGAGCAUCUCUUUUUUCUAAGGCUUCCACUCAGCGUAAAACAAAUACCUGUGCUGACAACAGUCCAUCACAAGUGUUCACGGUAAUAAACAGCUUUUAGGAUAUCUCUUCUUCUUUUUUCUGCUUGUGUGUUUGACGCGUAUUUGUUCAGUUAACUCAAGCAUUCACUAUAAACCGAGUUGGCGUGUGUUUUAUUAGUAUUACUUUAUCGGAAAGGGCUGGGAGCCGCACAGCGAAGUGGCGUGUUGCACCGAGCCUGAUUGCGCAGUUGUGGAUUCUCUCCCUCCCCCCCCAUCGCUGUUGUUUUUGGCGGAGGUUGCUUCCUCUUUUUUGGUAUUUAGAAGCGUCUUCGCUUUUUCCUUCCUUUUUAUUUCAAAAACAACCGUCGCUGCUCUCUGUCAUCGUCACCAUGUCGGGCACCUCCACGCCACGCACAUCGCCGCCCCCGGCAGCGCCGCUGCAGCAGGAGGCAGAGAACGACAGUCCCGCUGCCAACACCACGUCCCUGUCAAGUACCACCACCGCCGCCGCUGCCGCGCACGGCACCAUCCGCUUCGAGGACCUCGGCGAGCCGGUGCAGCGUCUCCUGCGCUCUAUCAAAGGCGACGUGAGCGACGAAGACAUGGCGCUGCUCGAGUACGUCGCGGUGAAGGACAUGGCGAAGAUCUACAGCGAGAUGGCCACCGACCGCCACGCCGAGGAGAUUUGGGACGAGCUGCGGGCCGCCCUGCAGGCCCGCAAGGAGAAAAUGGCGAGGCGCGAGGUCGAACUCGCGGCGAAGCAGCGGGCGCUCGAGGAGGAGCAGGCCGCCGAGGCAGCGCGGCUGCAACAGCAGCUGGAGGAGGAGGAGCAGGAGCGCAUCGCCGCCGAGGACGCCCGAGUGCGACGUCGGGAGGAGCGGCGCCGCCGCAAGGCCGAGAAGGCAGCCGCCGCAGCAGCGGAGGAAGAGGCAGCAGAGGCAGCAGCCGCGGCAGCGGCCGAGGAAGCCGCGGAGGAGGCGGCGGCCGCGGCGGCGGAGGCGGAGCGGCUGAAGCGUGCGGAGAAGAAGCGAAAGCGACGCGAGGCCCGGGCCCGGGAGCUGCAGGAGGAGCAGGACGCACUCGCGGCGGAGCGUGCCAAGCACGAGGCGAAGAAGCAGCAAAAGUCACUGAAUCAGAAAAAGGAUUGGAGCGAGUACGUGCAGAAUCACCCGCUCGAGUACCCGCAGGAGACGGAAGGGGGGUCCCAGAUGCCGGCGGUGAUCGCUCAGAAGGAGCUGCAGCACACCCUCAACGCCCCUCCCGUAGCGUCUGAGAAGUUGCUCCAUCGCACCUAUACCCCCAUGUGCCCGAGUUGCGGUAGCCGCUUUGACCACCCGCCGCUGGAGUGGAACUGUCCGGUGUGCUUCAAGCGCUACAACAAAGUGGUGAAGGUCUGGCAGCCGGACGACGACACGACGACGUGCAUGAUGUGCAAGGAGCCGAUCGGGUGGUGGUCGCGCCAUCACUGCCGCAACUGCGGCCGGCUGGUGUGCGCCAACUGCUCCGAGAAGCGGGCGAUCAUUCAAGACCUCGGCUACGACGCGCCUGUGCGUGUCUGUUUUGACUGUGCCCGACUGCGUCUGAAGUAG